AUGUGGUUGAAGGACAAGGUAAAUAUACAUUUGCUGAUGGCACUUUUUAUGAAGGGGAAUGGAAGAACGAUUUACCAAAUGGCAUUGGAAUCCAAACCUACUCCAAUGGCUGGAGAUAUUAAGGAAGGAAGUUUUCUAAAUGGAAUCAAGAAUGGGUAAGGACUCCUAAGUUUUCCAGAUGGUUCCAUCUAUGAAGGAUCUUUUGAGAGAGAUGUGCCUUCAGGUAUAGGCACUCUCAGAUUCUAGGAUGGCAGAAUCUACACAGGGGAUUGGAAGAACGGAGUCAAACAUGGAAAAGGAAUAUUCCAAUGGCCUGAUGGAUCCAAGUAUGAUGGUUAUUACAUCAAUGACGAAAGAGAAGGAUAUGGUAUUCUCCAUUGGCCGAAUGGCUAAAAAUACCAGGGAUUGUGGAAACAAGGGUUAUUCCAUGGCAACGGGUAGGUGAUUAAACCUAAUGGAACUUCAAUUAGAGGAAAGUGGAUUAAAGGUAAAAGAAUAUAAUCUAAAUUAAACACUAAUGCAUCAGGAAAAACAAAAACAUCUUAAGUUGACUGA